AUGUGGCCUCAGUUUCCUGGUGCUCCUGCUGAGACUAUGGGUCAUCAUACCGAGAUGCAGAGUACAAUGCCCUCUCUGCCAGGCUCUCCUACGGCUAUGGAAGGUCUCGCGCCGGUCUCUCAUCAGCACGCUGAAACUGCCCUGCAGGGUGAGCAGGAGCAAGGAUCCCACUUUGACAAUGCUUUCUUCGAUCCAGAUGACAUAUCAUUUGACAAAGUGCCCACUCAUGUCCCUGACAGCUUUGACUGGGAGACAUUUGAUAAAACAUACAGAAGUUCUCAUGAGCAAGGAGCAAAUGUCUUGUUCGAACGCCGCAACCUCAUCCCGACUUACAAUGCCCGUGGCUAUGGAAACAUCCAACGUCAUGCUGAUGACCACGGCGACGAGGCCCAGUACGCUGAGAUCUUCGAAAGGGCAGUUGAGACUCGCAACAAGGGUCAAGUCGACGCUGAUUUCUGGGAAAAUGCCAUUCUGUCUCCCAUUCCUCCUAGUAUCAGUUCUGUUCUUGAGAUGUCACCUGUGCAGCAUCACAACAACACACCCAGAGUCCAACACAUUGAACAAGGAACUGCGCAUCAUGGGCUUGGCGGCUUCAAUGCUCAAGACCACGAACAGAAGGAUGACAUGCCCAGUUAUGGCAACCCCUCUGCUCAGCACCACGAUGUCUCAGUUGAGUCCAUCGGUGUUGGCAGUUCCAAUGUCGAAAUCCACAAGGACACGGACCCUGCUUGCACUGGUGACACAUAUGAUGCUCAUCACGACGUGGAGAUGAUCGAAAGCCGCACGUCCGAAAGUCUAGAUGCUGGCACUCCCGUCGCACAAGCCUACGUUCAAGCUGUCGAAAAACCUGCAAAGAAAACUACUCCUACCUUUGCCAAACAGUCGGACGGAGGUAGAAGAAGAAAUGGUAAUCAAGGCCAAAGCUGGAGCGAGCCAAUUCAUUCAGACUUAUCCGGAGAGAAAGAUGAAAGUUCCGAAGCACAGUCCUCGUCCCAAAAGAAUUCGGGUGACAGCACUCCUCCAUCCGCAAAUAUUGAGGACCUUAUUGACCCUGCACUUACCGCAUCGAUUCAGAACAAUGUUCCCAAUUCGGAGUCUGCCAACAUGACCUCUCAUCCGGCUCACACUGCCGAAAAGACAUACGGAACCACUGCUGACAGCCAGGAGGCACAGCUGGCGUACCCCUCUAGAAGCCAGGGCGUUCCUACUUCCAUGCAAGACCAGUCCCAACAAGACUCGAAUGGCUCUGCUGUUCUCAAUCAUCCUACGAACAACCAGGCACACCGGCCCCCAACCGUGCAACAAUCGCAACGUCGAUCUUUGAGCUCCGCUGCGGCUACCAAUCAUGUUGAUCAAAGCCAAGAACAUCCUGCGCGGGAUAUCUCAAAUGAGCAACAGCAAAUUCAACCCCGGCCAGUCAACUCUGAGAGACCUGCCCAAGGCAAGGCAACUCAAAGCCCACAUGCAUCCGUGGUCUCCGUGGCCGCUUCCAAUGAUUAUCAUAGCAGCGAGGCACCUCAGGUCUUAUCGGAGCAAGCCUCGUCUGAUUCAGCUGCUGACCGACGUAAGAAACCGACAGUUGUGGACAAACAAUUUCCACCAAUCGAUACGAUACCCGGAUUACCGACCUCUCAUGAGCUUAUGAACCCCGAGUGGAGCAGACCGGAAAUACAAACCACUGGAGUACAAACCAGUUUCGCGUCCUUGGAAGAGGCGAUGAGUGCGCUUGAUUCUCCCAAAGGACCUGGUCGCGACCCGCAUUUGGUAGUAGGGCAGGCGCAGAAGAUAAUGAUUGUAAACUCUUUUCUACGGGCAAUGAUGAAUCUUGACGGCGUCGAUGACAAAGACAAAACCACACUUGUGUGGAAGAACACUAUGCGAAGAAAACCUGUGGAAAUUGAGGCCGCUUGUUGGAACGUGCUGGAGCUCCUCAUCGAGUAUCACCGCACAAUGCCGUUGCCACCUCCCAAGGAGGACAAGAAGAAGGGGGGCAAUAAAGGUCGCAAGGACAAAGAGGAGAAGGAGGAGGAGGACGACGAAGAGGAUGAAGGAGAGAAGACGAAGGUCAAAGAUCCCGCCAAAACCGGGGCGCUACUUUCCUUCCCGGACAGGGUUGCGGCCAUUGUCCGGAUCUUUUAUACCAACAAAUCAACCUGCAAGCGGAUGUUAGACUACCAUGGCAAAUACAUCCGCGAAUUCGUGGACACCCCGCUGGAGUGUCUGGUCCGCUGCCGCGCGAACAUUAUUGUCAACGAAAACAAGGGAGGGCAUAUCAAGACCGGAAGGGCCGUCGAGGCAGCGGCGAUGACAGAGGGGGAUGGGAAGAAAAAUGCGACGGGAAAGGCGAAGGGCAAGGCGAAGGGCAAGGCUGAGGCGGAGGCUGAGGCAGAACCACCAGUCGGCGGAGGUUCUGCUGACGAAGCCCAUGAAGUCGAGGACGCCGAGAAGGCCGGAAAUGACUCUCAGGAAUCUGUCGCUAUCCAGGAUCAAGACACUUCAGGUCAGCGUGGUCCCUCGUAUGCGUCGGCGGCACACGGGCAGUCAAGCUACGGCCACAACGGACAGUACUCACAGGGUUAUUCCAUGCAAGGCCAGAACAAUACCGGGUACCACCGAGUUAUGAGCAAUGCCGGACACAACCAAGGCAUGAACAAUAACAGACACGUCCCAGGCAUGACCUAUACAGGACAGUAUCAAGGUGUGACCAAUACCGGACACAUCCAAGGAAUGACCUAUACCGGAUACAACAAUAUUAACCCCGGCGUGUCCAAUACCGGCCAAAUCCAACGCACGAUCAAUACCGGACAAUUACCUCCUACAAACACCAGUGGACUUCACCCAAGCAUGGUCCCCAUGGAUCAGGCGCUGAACGCCGCUCGUCAUGCCUAUGGAUCACACUCCGAAUAUGACCAGCACAGCAUAUCUCCUGAUUUCAGUGCAACUGCUGGUCUGGCUUCUGAUGCUUCAAUUUCUCACGCGUCAUCAAUGGAUCCUUACCUAUGGGCAGCAAACAUGAGUUGUGAGAUGCCGCCGCCGCCUCAACUGCCCCCUCAAAUGCCAACUUAUUAUCGGCCGACUUUGACUCCCACUUCAAUGGUUGACCCGAAUCCCGUCGUUUCGGCAAGCAUGGGAUUGAACCCUGGUUUGCCGCCAAACAACCAAACGCGCGGCCGCAAGCGGGGAUCAGCCGAAACUGGAGCCGAUGAGAACGGCCCUCCUACCAAGAGACAUCGUUAG